AUGCCGCGGCGGCGUGCUGCUUUCCGGCAGGACGAACUCUCGCACGGCACGCGCGCCCGUGUCGUAAAGCUUCUCCAGCCUGCAGAGGCGGUGAAAUUCGCGGGAGCUCCAAAAUCCUGCGCAGGGAUUGGCCAACGAGGCAGGGGGCGGGGCAGGGGCAGGAAUCCGCGGCCUUGGUGGCUGUCGUGGACACGUCGAGCCGGGCAUAAGUGGAGGGGGCUUCGGAAGAGUCGUGCGAUUGGUGACGGGUUAAGGUUCCAAGAGGGAGGUGCCGGUGGCAAGACUGGAUCUGGAAGAAUCUUCUGCCGAGUCUCAACUUUUCCUGCAAUCGUGGACCAUUCCCACCAUACGGGCACAAGCCAUAUGGCUGACAACAGUACAACGGCGCCUCCUCACCACCACCACCACCCGACUACUUCGGCCCACCACUCUCAUGGCGGGGGAAUGGACGGUAUGAUGAUGUCUAUGACCUUCUACUUUGGCUUUAAGAAUGUGGAACUGUUAUUUUCUGGUUUGGUGAUCAAUACAGCUGGAGAAAUGGCGGGAGCUUUCGUGGCAGUGUUUUUACUAGCAAUGUUCUAUGAAGGACUCAAGAUAGCCCGAGAGAGCCUACUGCGUAAAUCACAAGUCAGCAUCCGCUACAAUUCCAUGCCUGUCCCAGGACCAAAUGGAACCAUCCUUAUGGAGACACACAAAACUGUUGGGCAACAGAUGCUGAGCUUUCCCCACCUCCUGCAGACAGUGCUGCAUAUCAUCCAAGUGGUCAUCAGCUACUUCCUCAUGCUCAUCUUCAUGACCUACAACGGGUACCUCUGCAUUGCAGUAGCAGCGGGGGCUGGCACAGGAUACUUUCUCUUCAGCUGGAAGAAGGCAGUGGUGGUGGACAUCACAGAGCAUUGCCAUUAGCGUUCAACUCCAUGGUGCGGCCUUAUCGAUUGCAGUGGGAAGCAGUUCAAGACUGAAAGACAUGAUUCCUACUCCAAUCUUCCCUUCUUGCUCCUUAUUUCCUUUCUCUCUCUCUCUCUCUCUCUCUCUCUCUCUCUCUCACACACACACACACACACACACACACACACACACACACCCCUACUCAACAGAGGCUUAGCUUUUAGUCUCUGAGCUAAGGUGAUAACCUCCCCGGGUUUUUUCUAAUGAUCUGAGAUUCCCUCAGAAUCUCUCCUCCCUCAUCAUCUUAGAUCCAAGUUACAUGUAGCUGUCUAUUCAAGACUUGAUCACCUGCUUCCUUUUUUAGUCCUCUGUUUUUAUUUUGUUAACAGACAGUGUGUGAAUUUGGUGGGUUUCUCCUGGGUCGGUGAUGCAAGGAGAUUCUAUUCAGCUAGGAUUGAUGGAAGCUGAGGGAAAUUCUGGCCCAACUAAAUCCAGAACCCAAACUUAACACUUGAAAGUGAGUUCCAGUCUUUGGAUUCGAUAAGUGUGAAAUACAUUGUGCCUUUCACUAGUUGUGAUGUGUUGCGUCAGAAUCUUUGUAGUGUCUAGAAGGGUGGUUUGAGACUAAACACAGGGCUGGGGCGUGCAGAAGUGUGCAUUCUUAGGUGGCUGGCUCAUGAACUUGUGUUCCUACUUGACAUUUUGAUUAGAACGAACUUGUCAAUCAAAAAAAAAGAUGACAAUCAAUUUGAGAAAAUAGAAAUAGAUAUUUUAAAAUAAAACCAUUGAUACUUUGACUUGGUACCUUGGAUUGUCACAGCUGAAUGAAUCAAGAGUUUGAAUCAUUUUCUUUUGUUAUUGUUUUCUUAUGUUGGCCUCUAAACCAGUGGUUUUCAAACUUGAGCAUGCAUCGGAAUCACCCGAAGGGCUUGUUAGAGCACUAGCUUCUGGGCCUCAACCCAGAGCCCCAAAAUUGGCAUUUCUAACAAGUUCCCAGGCGAUGAUUCUGCUGAUGGUCAGGGGACCAUGCUUUGAAAAUCUCUGUUUUAAAACUAAGGAAGUGUCACCUGGUGCGGUGAGCUACCUGGUAUUGGGCACAGGAAUUUGAACUGCUGGUGGUAGGUGAUAUGUCUAAGCUUAACUCGUGUACUAAAUGCUGCUGGUCAAUACUUAAUCAUUCCAGAAACAUCUAUUCUGCUCCAGCUGUGUGUAUGUGUGCCCAAGGGCUAUAGCCAAAGUAACUUUUAUCAGUAUGUAUGAAAUCACUAGUCUUUAUUUUUAAAGGUCUGUGGUUUCUUAGAAGUAGCUUGAAGAUUGAGGAAGACCUUUGAGCUGCAGUAUAAAAUCAGCUAGUCAUGGGUCAGAAGGGCAAAAGCCCAGCCCUCUCUUUGGAGAGGUUUAGGGUAUGGUCUGCUGAUCAUCAGAUUUUCCUCAGCCCCCAGCAUCCAUGUCCACACCAAGCAGGUCCUCAUCUUCUACAUGACCAUCUUCGUUACUCUCUGGGGUUUCAUUAGAUCACAUGUGGCCAAAACCUCUUUUUCUCAAUGAAGAACCACACUGGAUUUUUAUUCUGUUCAGUUGUUAGGUUACACUGCAGUCUCGUUCCCAGUCCAAACAACCUGCAUGAAGCGACUCUUCCUGUGCUAGUCUGUUAAAUCCUGCCCUCCUUGGUGCUAGACUCCAAUCGUGCCUCAGGGCAGAGGAGACAAAACACAACUAUUCUGUUGGUCUCUGUUGUGGUUUUGAAGUUUGUACUUUCUCUGUGGGUGCCAGUUAAAUAUUGGAGAGCAAGGAAUGUGUACUUCCAUGGCUUUAAGUCAAGAGAGGGUUAUCAGCUUCCUGGAUCGAGGGUAAAAUCUAAGAACCAAGAUUUAGAGUUUUGUGCUUUUUUCUCAUUCCAACCACUUGUGCUGAUAUUUAGCAAGAGUAGAGUGAAUGACAGGUAGCGACAGAGUCCAACAGGAAGGUGUAAAUAGCCUGCUAUUAUCUCAGAAGCCAAGGAAUAAUAAAACCAUGAGAAAAUAAGACUCAAUGUUUAAUAGUGACCCUGGUGCUCUCUGGAAAUCUUGGCAUGAGCUGCUAUAAAAUAUCCUUUUCAGAAACAGGACUUUAUCAGUAAGGUAAGAAAAAUCGAGGCCAGUUAAGACAAAGUGCUGUGAGUUUGAAACUCAACAGAGAAACAUCAGUUUGGGAUAGGUCUUCAGGUACUCAAGAUCGAGUGUCAUGUAAAACCUGAAUUCCAGCGAUUCUUAGAUUAGGUUGCCAAAGGAAGAAGCUAGUGAAGGAGAAACAAUUUAAACCUUAAAUUCCAUCUUUCUUGAGCUCUUGGAUUGUUAAUGAUCUCAUUGACUUUGAUUUGUGUAUCUCUGUCCAUCAGUUUAGUGCCUGACUUCUUUGUUCCUUCCGGAUCCAAAUUUCUUUUCUUCCUUCCCUGUUCAACAGCUCUUAGAAGCCUGUAUCGCCAUUUCUUUGGCUUUUCUUUCCCUUUCUGUCUUUUCAGUCUUUAAUCCCGUGUAUCUGGUUUAUUAAUCUCCUUAGCCCUCCUGAUGCCGUGGACAUAGCUGUGCAGUGGAUCUAGAUACCCGUCAGAAGUUGUAAAACCCCUUAAGCACGCUCUGAGGAGGAGUUGUUCUGCCAGAAUGUCUAUAAAAAGCUGAGUAAAGGGCUGCCUACGAGUACCACCUGCAGAGUCCCAGAAUCUUAGGUGCUGUCUCCAGUCUAUGUUGGAGGAACACUCAGCCCCUCGUUGUCCACGAACAGGGAAUCCUCUGUGUCCAACAGCAAAUGAAAAAUUAAGGUUUCUUCACUACUUCUUUGGUAGGACUGUCUGGCAUUCUAUUUCAGACUGAGGCUCUGGGCUUGGGAUCUAGCCACAGAGUUUCUUAUAAGGAGCUGGAAGGGGAGGGGGCAGGGGUUACAUGUUCAUGUCCUUUAAUUUUGAUCCUGCUCUCUCCAGCUGCUUCUUUCAGAAGAUACAGCUAAAGAUACAAAGUCUGCAUUUGAUAUAAUGCCUUAAUCACUGAGUCUACAAUUAAUGUUGACCGUUUUAGAUUGUAAGCUCCUGGAGAGCAGUAUUGCUGUAGUAGGAAUGUUUUAACAGUGUCAUAUGUAAAAGAACAAAAUAAAUAUUUUGAUUUUGUGAUUCUA